ACUCAGGCGUGUUGCGUCCCGCGGCCCCCGGCCCCAAGCCCGGCCCCCUAGCCCCACACCGGCUCGGCCCGUCACUUCAGUCGGCCCGCGUCUGUCGGCCCAGCUGCGUCCCGCACUCCCGCGCGCUCGUGUGUGGUGCACCACUGCCAUCAUGUCCCUGCCCAGGAAAGCCCUCCUGCUGCUGGCCCUGGCCGCCGCGUCAGCGGCCGUGCUCGCCGGCGAGGUCAAGGAGACCCCCGAGGGCCUCAAGAUCGAGAUGCUGACCGUCCCCGAAGGCUGCUCCGUCAAGUCCAAGAACGGCGACAGUCUCACCAUGCACUACACUGGGACCCUGGCCGACGGCACCAAGUUCGACUCCAGGUCAGCGGCUACCUGCGCAAGCAGCUGGUGGAGGCCGAAAAGGGCGAGGCCGCGGAGGAGGUCAAGCAGAUGCUGCAGGACCACGACAAGCUGGUGGAGGAGAUCUUCCAGCACGAGGACAAGGACAAGAACGGCUACAUCUCGCACAACGAGUUCUCGGGCACCAAGCACGACGAGCUGUGAGCCGCGAGGGCUUGACAGACCAAGGUGAGCGGCUAUCUCAAGAAGCAGAUGGUAGCUGCUGAGGGUAGCGAGGGCGCCGAGGACGUCAAGAAGAUGCUGGAGGAGCAUGACAAGCUGGUGGACGAGAUCUUCCAGCACGAGGACAAGGACAAGAACGGCUUCAUCUCCCACGAAGAAUUCUCCGGACCCAAGCACGACGAGCUGUAAUAGCGUGGUGUACCUUAAUUUAUUGUCCAUCCGUGAGGAGGCGCCCGUCUCUGCAAUAUUUUGAAAUUCAUGUAAGUCAAAAACUCCGCCAAGUCUUACGAUGGAAGUCUCCCUCACUGUGGUAUUUAUGUACCUCGAAAAGUAUUUUGCCUGAGGACUGUUUUGUGUGUCUGAGUGUGCAUGUGCGUGUGAGUGCUUACGAGCGAAAAUUUUGACUGUCCUUUUGUUUCCUUUUGUACGAAACUAGAUUAAUUUUUUAUACUGUCUCGUGCCCUUACGAGCAGGAGGUUCCUGCUUAGAGUUGCGUAGGCAAACGACCGCUUAAUGCAACUGGGCCGUUUUUGUACAUGUGUAAAUUAAUGACUUUUGUAUCAGCCUGUGCACGAUUAUUGUGAUUUGAUUAGAAACUGCUUCAAUUAUUAACAAUGGAGUUAUUUCUGCCGUCUCCUGAUUGUCUCUCUUGUCAUCUUUGCCCUUCUCGGGAAACGUCUUUGUUACAAUUGUUAUGUUUUGUUGAGUAAGUUAUAGAUCUAAGGAUACAACCUUACUGUUGUGAUUAUGCGCUGUUGAGAAUUGGAUGUACUUACUACUUGUGUAUGUUUACAUUUCUUUGCUCAAAUCAGAAGUAAACGAUUUUUUUUUUUUGAAAAAAAAAAGAGAAAGAAAGCAACGACGCGUGACUUAAGACUGUUUCUGUGCAUUAGCAGCAGAUAGUAAUAAAUGCAACAGUAUGAUUGUACCACGUUGUUAAAGCUGGAGUUGUUUCAAUAAAAAACAAACACAACUA